GAAUAUUGAGCACGGCUUCGCCCCGUUGUGAAACAAUGUUAUAUCUGCUUUGUUUCCCAGUAUUUUGGUGUUUCCAUUUCGAGGGCAAGGUACGUGGCUGAUUUUGAUUGUUUUCGUUUUUUAUCUUCAUUUUAUCUUGCCAGCUUGCUAUAAUGGCAGUUCAUUUCAAAGAGCAGGUCUACGAUGCUGCUCCCCUGUCCGACGUGGAAGAUGCAUCGGUGAAACCACAAUCGGAGGAGUGGAAGCCCAGCGGCCAUGAGCUCCUGAUCAUUAUCACGCUGGCCAUAGUCAGUUUGCUUGUCGCGCUCGAUGCUAGCAUCAUUGUCACAUCUCUUGGUGCAAUGGUAGUCGACCUCAAAGCCGACACCACUGCUGGGUUUUGGAUUGGCACAUCCUACCUCCUCGUCAAUGCAGUGACCAUGCCCAUCAUCGCAUCCCUCUCCGAGAUCUUUGGCCGUCCCAUCUGCCUCGAGUUCGCCCUGCUCAGUUUCACCGUCGGCACCAUCUUCUGCAGCACCGCCAAUUCAGUCACGCUCAUGCUCGUCGGUCGCUGCAUCCAGGGUAUCGGCGGUGGCGGUGUGCACGUGCUGUCCGGUGUUAUCAUGACGGAUAUCGUGCCGCUGCGGUUCCGGCCCAAGUGGUUCGGUGUCGUGCUCGGCGCCUGGGCGUUGGGUACAUGUAUUGGCCCGCUUAUAGGAGGUGCCAUCGUCGAGCAUACCACCUGGCGUUGGGUAUUUUAUCUCAUGUUCCCCAUCUGCGCCUACGGGCUUGUGGCCGUGCCGUUGCUUCUUACCCUGGCACCCAGAGAGGAAUCCAUGGGCCAAAAGCUGCUCAGGGUGGACUGGUUCGGUGGUUUUCUGUUCAUGGGAUCCGCGACAAGCUUCCUGGUCGCUAUCUGCUGGGGAGGUUCGCAGAAGCCCUGGGAUAGUGCCGCGACUAUCGCCCCGUUGGUGAUAGGCCUGGUAGGGCUGGGUUGCACGCUGGUGUGGGAGAUCAAGUUCGCAAAGGAGCCGAUAUUCAAGCACGAGCUUUUCAACAGCCGCAGCAGUGCUAUCACGUAUAUCUGUGGCGCUUGCCAGGGCUUUUUGAUGUGGGGUGCUUUCUACUAUUUCCCCUUCUACUUCCUAUCUGUCAUGCAGACAUCAACCAUCACAGCCGGCGUCAACCUACUGCCCUCGGUGCUGAUCACCGUUCCUGGCUCCAUCAUCACCGGACGCUUGGUGACGCGUUUCAAUAACUACCGCUACUUUGUUUGGGCCGGCUGGGCCAUCGUUGUCCUAAACAGCAUCCUAGCCGUGAUCUGGAAGUUCGUCAACGUUACCACGGCCGUUUGGGCCACCACAUUCGUGGUCUUUGGCCUCGGCCACGGAAUGAUCCUGAACGCACAGCAAUUCGCCGUGCAAGCCAUGUGUAACCCUGGAGAUGAAGGACUCGCAGCUAGUAUGUACCUCUUCCUGCGUCAAAUCGGUGCCGCCAUCGGUGUCGGCGUUGGCGGCUCCGUCUUCCAGAACGUCAUGUCCAUCAAGCUACAAUGGGAGGGACUAGACAAGGCAAUCGCCAGCGAGGCGGAGGGGUAUGUCAUUAAGCUACACACGAUGCCGAACGACGAUCCGGUCAAGGAGCAGAUCCUAGAGGCUUUCCGUUACGGCUUUGCGGGCGUCUACGACCUCUACCUCGGGAUAGCGGGCGUGGCGCUUAUCCUGAGUUUGCUAUUCGUGAAACACUACGACCUCAAUCGUACCCUGGGCACGGAGCACGUGCUGAGGGAGAGCCGAACGAGCAAGAUGUUGAUCCGCGACUCUAAGCUCAGCUCGGCCGUCUCCUCGAGAGCCCCCUCAGCGACCCCGAGUAGGUGGAGCAGCAACACCAGGGUCGACCAGAACCCAGCGCUGGAGGCCGAGAUGACACCCCUAGAUCAAACAGAUUAUCACCGGGAUGUGAGCCUGAAUGCGCUUCAGGGACCCCACACCAAUGCCCACAGUACAUCGAACGUCACCGAUACCGACAACAUUCCCACAGCCCUCCAGCACCAAAGGAGUGUCAGCAGAUCGAGCUCCGGCUCGGGAUACACGGCGGUCCAGAACGGAUACAACCCCAGUCAGUUCCCGACGUACUCGACUAGUCAGGCCGCCGCGACUGUGAUCCCACAGGAUCCGAGCAGCUACUUUAUGCAGCAGGGUGGCUAUAUCCCGCAGACGUACUACCCGAGUAACGCGGCACAUGCGUCGACUCCCUACACGGCCGAGGCGACGGCGUAUGAUCCAUAUAAGGUAGAUGCGUCACAGCACCGAACAUGGUGAGGACGGUUGAUCUUUUGAGGUUUUUAGCGAGCAUUUUGUUUUUAUUGUCUGUCCAGCAUUUUCACUAGCGUUAGAAGUAUGAAGUAAUGAUAUCCACG